UGUACUCCCUACCAAUAAUGGCGCCCUUUUUGACAAGGUUGCUCAAAGCGCUGUGUGAGUCUUCCUUGCGGAUCCUUCUCCUUUUCUUCGUUGUCCUUUUCCGUAGCUGCCAGUUCGUCUGUGUGCGUGUGCUGCGGGCGGAGCGACGGAAGAGUGUGAGCGGGGAGACGGUACUGAUCACCGGGGCCAGCCGGGGGAUCGGCCGGUGCCUUGCCUUAGAGUUCGCCAAACACGGAGCCGACACGAUUGUCUUGUGGGGCCGGAAUGAAGAGAAAUUGUCGUCAGUCAAGAAGGAGGUCGAAGAAAUCGGAACGUCUCGAUGUCAUUUCUACAGGUGUGACGUAGGAGAUCGCCAACAGGUGUACAGAACAAUUCAAAAGGUGCAGGAGGAUGUUGGGACGAUAACGAUUCUGGUCAACAACGCGGGCGUUGUGCACGGUGGAACACUGCUGGAAACGAAGGACGACAAAAUCGAGGAAACACUUCGAGUCAACACCUUAUCCCAUUUCUGGACGACGAAAUCUGUACUUCCCACUAUGAUCGCCAGACGGCGCGGUCACGUUGUCGGCAUAGCCUCGACACUGGGUCUGUUCGCGCUGCCCGGGGUUUCAGACUACGUCACGUCCAAGUUCUCCCUGGUCGGGUUCUAUGAGUCUCUGGCGGUAGAGCUGAAACAACAAGGCCACCGUGAUGUCGGUGUGAUGUGCGUGUGUCCGGGACACACCACUACUGACAUGUUUAAGGACCUCACAACACAGUCCUUUUCACUAACACCUCAGCAAGUCGCUGAGCAGACAAUAGAGGCUGUAAAAACCAACCAACGUCGGGUUAUUCUUCCCCGUGUCAUGCAUCUAACCUGGAUUCUCAAAAGCUGGCUGCCGGGGUCAUGGAUGUGGAACACGCUGUACGUUACCGGAGCCCUGAAGGACAUGGAGAAAUUCUGUACAAAACGCUAGCGUAACUGACAUGGUCUGCACGUGGUGUAAUUGACGUGACAAACAGUUGGAGGCUGAAAAUGUACUUUUCGUCCUUCGUAGCUAGGGAAAUGGCGGACCGCAAACUCGAGAAUGACACAAAAUCAGCUAUCGUUUUACGUCCCAAACGUACACUUUGUACAUUGUACGCGCGAAACUCAUUUCGUUUGGUAACAUGUAACAUUGAAUCAUAAAUUAUGCAAAUGACUUGCACAUUUAUACAAUCUAUGCAUAGUGACGUAAACUUUAACUAAACUAACACAUAUCACAAGGAUGUUAUAACCAUCAUUUACCAGCAUGUUAUGCUGACAAAUAUCCGCAAACUCACACAUAGAUUUGAUUUGAUUUGAUUUGACUUAUUCGGCUGUAUAGUCAUAAGAAAUACAACCAGGGCUACCCAACUAG